AACUCAUCUCCCAUCAUCCAUCUGAGGAACAAUUACUCAACUACCCUUCUCACUACCCUUCUCACUACCUUCGCCACCACAAAUCAAAAUGCGCGCCUUCACUACCAUCACUGCUCUCUUCGCAGCUGCCGUCGCUGCUGCCCCUGCUGCCCCCAAGGAGGAUGUCUGGGUGAGCAACUUCGUCGUCCGCAAGACCUCCAGCACAGAGGGCACUUCCAUCCAGGUCGUCUCUUUCGACAUUCCCGACUUUCACUGCGAAGCUUCCAACCCAAGCUUUCCUUCGGCGGCCACCCAGUGUGAUGAUGGCAGCACUUACUUCUUCUCUCUGGUCCCUAGCACCGAAGAAAGUGCCGAAUUCGCCUUGGAGAUUACUCGCCACUUCAAGGACAGUUCCAUCCUAUUUGGUUCAGGCGCUGUUCCAACCACCUGCCGUAAGGGUGGCAAUGGCCCCAACGACUACGUCUGCACUCAGUCUACGCCUGUGGGAAUUUUCAUCUUCCCCCAGUAGACGCAGAGCAAGAACCAUGGAGAGAUUUGGUCCAGUGGGAUAUUCUUUGAACAUGUUGGCUCCGCCAAAUCGUCAAUAAUAGGUGGUGCCAAAGGCCUGGCCUGUAAUUGGAUAGACUAUAAUCACUCAGCUAAAUUUUAACACUGUCUCUACCGGCAUAUGAGGCUG